GGGCGUCCAUGACCCCGGCGGUGGCUUCGCGUCAGCAAUGAAAGGGUUAUCGGGCAGCCGCAGCCAUCACCACGGGGUCACCUGUGAGGCCGCCUGUGACCCGCUGUCGCACCCCUCGGACCGCAAGCCCUACCUGCUGAGCCCGGUGGAGGCCCACCCGGCGGACCACCCGUACUACACGCAGCGGAACUCCUUCCAGGCCGAGUGCGGGGGCCCCUUCAGUGACCCGCUGGCCAGCAGCACCUUCCCGCGCCGCCACUACACGUCGCAGCAGGAGCUGAAGGACGAGUGCGCGCUGGUGCCCCGGCCCCUGGCCGCCAAGGCCAACCGCAUCCCCCCCAACCUGCUGGACCAGUUCGAGCGACAGCUGCCCCUCAGCCGGGAUGGCUACCACACGCUGCAGUACAAGCGCACGGCCGUGGAGCACCGCAGCGACAGCCCCGGGCGCAUCCGCCACCUGGUCCACUCGGUGCAGAAGCUCUUCACCAAGUCGCACUCCCUGGAGGGACCGGCCAAGGGCAGCCCCGAUGAGACGCAGCCCGCCAGGUACGGCAAGCGCGGCAAGAGCAAGGAACGGCGCGCCGAGCCCAAGGCGCGAGCGGGCGCGUCCCCGGGCUGGUGGAGCUCCGACGACCACCUGGACGGCGACAUGUGCAUCUACCACGCCCCCUCGGGCGUCAUGACCGUGGGCAGGUGCCCCGACCGCUCGGCCUCGCAGUACUUCGUGGAGGCCUACAACACCAUCAGCGAGCAGGCGGUGAAGGCCUCCCGAAGCAACAACGACGUCAAGUGCUCCACCUGCGCCAACCUGCCGGUCACCCUGGACGCGCCGCUGCUGAAGAAGAGCGCCUGGGCCUCCACGCUCACCGUGAGCCGGGCCCGGGAGGUCUACCAGAAAGCCUCGGUGAACGUGGACCAGGCCGUGCUGAAGUCCGAGGCGUGUCAGCAGGAGCGCUCCUGCCAGUACCUGCAGGUUCCCCAAGAUGAAUGGACGGGGUACACCCCUCGAGGUAAAGACGAUGAAAUUCCAUGCCGAAGAAUGCGGAGUGGCAGCUACAUCAAGGCCAUGGGCGAUGAAGACAGUGGCGACUCAGACACGAGUCCCAAGCCUUCUCCCAAAGUUGCUGCACGAAGAGAAAGCUAUCUCAAGGCUACUCAGCCAUCCCUCACGGAACUCACCACACUCAA